GAUCAACAUUUCAUUUCGCAGACUCAAGAGAUGUAGAUCACGCGUCAUCGAUCAUGCUAAUGAAAUUGGCUUCAUGGCCAAGGACAAACGACAACUUCCAUAUCGCCUUUAAGAUCUAUUAGACUUUUUUCAGAUCCGUGAUCCUCCUAAAGAAGACAGGCUAUAAAGCCCAACGCGUCCUGACCUUUUUUUCUCACAUUCCCAUUCCUCUCCUUACUUACUAUACAUUCCACUGCCAUUCUUUCAAAAACACAAUCUUUUAACCCGAUGCCUUCCUUCAACACCAUCCUGUCCUACGCGGCCCUUGGGCUCGCUGCAUUUGCCAGCGUCCAGGCUGCUCCUGCCCCCAUGCUUGAGACUAGCUUGGCCGUCCGUACCCUCGAUGUGCGCUGUGGAUGCACUCCUCUACCACAGCUCGUUAACAACUUGAUCACCGACUUGGCCGUCGUCCUCGAGCCCGUUCAGUACGUCACCUCCGGGAACUGUACGGCAGAAAUUCUCAAGCCUAUCCUUGAGGACGCCAUCAACAUCCUCGGCACGGCCCUCACUGACGUUCAGGCUCUCGUCGGCUUGACCACUGAUGUCGUUCUGUCCACUGGCAGUGGUGUGCUCUCCGUCGUUGACCUUUGCGGCCUCCUCACAAUUCUUAUCAACCUCAUUUCCGGUGUCGUCGCUCUCGUUAUUAAACUUGUUGCCGUUGUCGACAAAGAAGUCGUCUGCAACCUCCUGGGACAAAUAGUCAUCCUACUUUGCAAGAUCCUCGCAGUUGUCGUUGGUCUUGUUGACAGCGUUCUGGUCCUUCUCGUGACCCUGCUCAACAAUGUUGUCCUCCCCCUCAUCCUCAACCUCAGCUUGGGCGUUGUUUUGAACGACGUCUGUGGCAUCCUUGGCCUCGUCAUUUAAAUUGCCCCAGUUCAAAAACGGAUAGCAUAUUUUUUCACUAUCUCUGUUUAUCUAAUCUCUGCUCGAUCUGCUCGAUCUUGUUUUAGGCUGUCAAUGAUAAUCUAACAGUAACUGUACACUCGUGAAUCAUGAUGGUCUAUUGAUUAUUUAUCACAUGCAGCGAAGGGA